AUGGGUCAUAAUGCAAAUUAUGCACAUAAUAUGCUUUUAAAUGACUCAGAUUCUGAUGAUUAUUUUGAGAUAAGUGUGCUUCUUGCAUUGGAAGAAGAACGAUUAGAAAGAGAGGGGGCGUCAACGUCACAUCGUGGUUCUGUUCUAGGCCAUAGGAUCAUCCAAUGUGAUCAUGAGCAAGGCCGCCAUGAGCAAGGCCGCCAAAGACUUUUUCAAGACUAUUUUGCAGAAUCACUAGUAUAUCCUCUUAACAUAUUUCGAAGGAGGUUUCGAAUAAGUCGUUCUCUUUUUCUACAUAUUAAAUCUAAUCUAGAAGAGAAAGAUGAAUAUUUUGUUCAAAAAAGAAAUGCUGCUGGAGUGCUUGGUUUGUCUUCCCUUCAGAAGAUGACUGCCGCACUAAGGAUGCUUGCCUAUGGAGUAGCAACAGAUUUUACAGAUGAAUAUGUGAGAAUUGGAGAAAGCAUUGCAGUAGAGAGUCUCAAAAAAUUUGUUGAAGCGAUAGUCGAUAUUUAUUCUAAAGAGUACUUGAGGUCACCAAAUAGCAAUGACAUUACUAGGUUGCUAAGAGUUGGUGAAAGUCGUGGAUUUCCAGCUCAAGGCCUUGCACCUUCGGUGAAUUACUCAAUCAAUGGUCAUGAUUAUACAAUGAGAUACUAUCUUACUGAUGGUAUAUAUCCUUCAUGGUCCACUUUUGUAAAGACAAUCCGAGCUCCACAAGGUAAAAAGAAUAGUCUUUUUGCUACAACUCAAGAGUCAACAAGGAAGGAUGUAGAGUGUGCAUUUGGAGUGCUUCAAACACGAUUUGCAAUUGUUCGUGGGCCUGCACGUCUUUGGAGAAAAGAGGCUCUUGAUUACAUUAUGAAGGCAUGCAUAAUAUUGCACAACAUGAUAAUUGAAAAUGAACGUGAUGCCAAUGGAGCAGAAGACUUUGAUUGUGAACAAGUGCCUGAAAGCAUCCCUACAACAGUGUCCCACGAGCCUACAGAAGAAUUUAGUCAAUUUACAACGUUCAUUGUAGCCCAUGAAAAAUUAGAAAUAGAGAAACUCAUUCUAAACUCCAAUUGGAUCUCAUUGAGCACUUGUGGCAAUGAUAUGGCAAGAUGUAGGAUCAUCUAA